GUACCGCUGACUUCGUCCAAAUUUUAUAGGUUAUGUCCCCUUAAACGGCCAAAAAGCGAUGUUAAACAUCCGAAAGGUGGUGGUUGGGGUAUCUGGGGGCGUCGAUAGCGCCGUCGCAGCCCUUUUACUCAAAAAGCGAGGUUAUGAUAUACAGGGUGUUUUCAUGCAAAACUGGGACAUUGCGGACGAAAAAGGCUACUGUUCCUCCGACGCCGACUACAAAGACGCCGCUCUUAUAUGCGCCAAACUGGACAUUAAAUUAACCCACGUUAAUUUUGUCAAACAUUACUGGAAUGAAGUGUUUUGCAACUUAAUCAAAGAGUACGAGUCUGGGUACACGCCGAACCCCGACAUUCUCUGCAACCGCAAUAUUAAAUUUAAUUAUUUUUACAAAUUUGCCGUGAACGAGUUGGGGGCGGAUGCCAUUGCGACGGGGCAUUACGCACGGACUAGUUUCGGGGCUUUCCUCGAACAUUACAACCUGGAGAAGGGGGUGAGACUCCUAAGCGCCGCUGAUUGGUUCAAAGACCAAACCUUCUUCCUGAGCCAAGUCAAUCAGGAGGCUCUGCAACGCACAAUGUUCCCCUUGGGCGACUUGAUGAAACCACAAGUCAAAAAAAUCGCAACUGAAAACGGACUUGAGAAAAUCGCAAGGAAGAAGGAAAGUAUGGGGAUCUGUUUUAUCGGCAAUCGGAAAUUUCAGGACUUUAUCAGAGAAUACAUUGAUGACAAACCAGGCGAUUUCGUUGAUGUUGACACCGUGAGAGUCAUGGGGGAGCACAAUGGAGUCCACCAGUGGACUUUGGGUCAAAGGGCGAGGCUCUCCAGCUACGAAAGUGCCUACUUCGUAGCACGAAAAGACGUAGAUAAGAAUAUUAUUUAUGUGGCCAAGGGUACAAAACAUCCCCUCCUCUACACGAACAUAAUUUUCACAAGUGAGCCCCACUGGAUCCACUCACAACCCCCCGACUUGCAAAAUGGGGGCGUUUUCGAGUGCGAUUUUAAGUUCCAACACACCAAGUAUUGGGUCAAAUGCCAAGUGUGUCAAACCAGCAAAGGCUUGAUUAUCAAAGUGAAUAAAUACAAAAGGGCUAUCACUCCUGGACAAUACGCUGUCUUAUCAAAAGACGGUGAGUGUCUCGGAGGGGCUAGAAUAAUCAAUACGGGAGUAUCACAUUUCUCACUAUAUUACUUAGAAAAUAAUAGUCUAGCGAAUGUUUCUCAUAUUUUAAAAAAAUACGUAAGUAAAGUCAGUGAUAGUGAAGAUGAUCUUACUGAUAAUGAAGACAUGAAGCACAGAGCUGUAAAUAGAUGUUAAUAAAUCA